UUUAUACAAAUUACAAAUUAUCGUUUCCGUCAUGUUAUUAUUGUAUCGUAGAAGACGCGUAAUUUGUAUAAACAUUCCGACAAUAAUAUCGUUGAAAUAAACGUUGCAAUAAUAUUUAACUUUUUAAAUAUGCAUUAUCAGCUGUAUGAUGGUGAAGAGGAAUUUGAGCCAAGAGUUGUACCGAAACCUAUAACCAAACACGAUUGCUUUGUAGUGCCGACUGUUCCAGAAGUAUCUUUAAUCUUUGAAAAACAAACAGUAAAAAAUCCAAAGGAUAGGCGUACUGAUUCGUUAUCAGCGAUAUCAGUGAGACCCAGACAAAUUUCUGACAAUACUGUGAAAGUUAGCAACUCUGCAUCGCCAGUUUCACACAAUUCUGGCUCUUACGCCACAUGGAAGGAAAAUAAUUAUUCUAAAGAGACCAAUUCUAUAGGUAUGACACAUGUUCCACCAUUAUACAAAAAUGCUUGUAGCUAUGAUUAUGCUGUACCAUCAAAUUUACAAAAUGUUUCUAUACAAAAGCGACAAGAGCAAACAAAAAUUAAUGAUAAGCAAGAGACAUUGCAAAAUGCUAGUAAAAACGAAAGAAUGUACGGGAAAAGUGUGAAAUUUGCAUGUUCUGACACAGGAGAUUCCUAUCUCGAAAAUCAUGCUGAUUUAUUACCUUCAGACAAGAGAGUUUCAUUUUCUGAUCCUUUACAUAGAGCAACGUUGAAUACACCUGAUCGUACUGCGAGAACAUCUAACAAUACUAUUCCAGAUACAUUAAAAAAGCCAGAAUGUUUUCAGAUUCCACAUGCUGGAUGUCAACAAUUUCAUGUACCUAACUACUCAAGUUACAAUAUAGACAAUAAUGAAACAGUAAAAACUUUAUUGCAGCUUGUAAAUAGUCAAAAUCAACAGAUAAAAAAUUUACAACUCCAGAUAGAUAGAUUAAUGAGAAUGCAGGAAGACAAUUUCAGAAACAAAUCGACAUGCUUGUGUUCACAAUCUCUUGCAAAUCAAGUAUUUAGAUAUCCAAUAAAUUGUUACGAUCCAACUCUUGCUUCUUCUCUCAUACAGUCUCAAAGUCAAAGUAUGAAGAAGAACAUAGCCUCGCAGAAUAUACCUGUUAUAGAAAAGCAAGAUCUAGAAAACUUUAGUGAAAAUAAUAAAUUAGAAACAGUGUUGUUAGAACAACAAUCAAAAAAGGCUUUUAUGGAGCAAAAGGUUUCGAUCGGUGUCAUGACGAGUUUUGAGUUUACUGUACAAAAUAAUCCUUUUUCACUAGAUUCUGAAGUAUGUGAGAAAAAGGAAGCUCAUAGAGAUGAUAACAAUAUUAAUAGGAUAAAUACUGGAAGUAUACAUGAUACAACAGACCCUGUUAAUAGAUAUAAGAAUAAGAAUACAUUUACAUGUAAGAAUGGACCAGCACAAUUGGAGAACAUAGUCGAAGAUUCUGAAAGUUAUCUGUCCUCUAGUCAACAGCAAAGUAGUAAUUUCAACGCAAAUUCUUCCAUAAAAGAAUCUUUGAAAAUGCAUCAACAUCUUUCUACUGAUUUAAAUCAAGAGGAAACUUACAAAGGAGAAAGGUAUAUAGAGAAAGAUAGCAAUGUACAUGGACAAAUGUCAAAUGCAAAGAAAACAUCCAAUACAUCCAUGAACGUAGGUUGCAGUCCUAUCGGAAGUGCAGUUUGCAGUGAAGCGCUUGUCGAGCAAACAAAUGAUUACAUUGCGAUAGAUGGGAAAAAAUGUACCUAUAAGACAAAUAUUAAUCAACAUUCUUUGAAUAACGUUCAUUUACCAGCAACAGAUCACUAUCACAAUCAUAGAAAUAAAGAUUAUGCACGCAGUGCUAAUGUCAGACAAAUUAAAGAUGUAGGUGAUGAUAGCAUGAUUCUAAGUGGAGGCGAUCUUAAAAUACUUGAAAGACCUCCACCAACUCCAGAACCAAGUAUUCAUGUUGAGAUGCAGGAGUAUAUGAGUGACGAUGAGAGUGACAAGUUAAGGCAUACUUCAAAAAUAGGUUGGACUUUUUACAACAAUGUUUUGGGACAAGUUAAUGAAAUUUUACAAAAUUCAGAUGUUACGAGCGAUCAACAUUUGGAUCAAGCUAAAACAGCAUAUAAUGUUGAACAAGAAAAUGAUAGAGAAACUAGAACUGCAUUGAAUACUGUUAAAGCAGCCACUUUGGAACAACUUCGGAGACUUGGAAUCAGUCUAACUGAAAGUAAUGACCAAGGAGAGUCCAAUGGUAACAAGACGUUAGACUUUGAUUCGUCUUUUUAUCCUCGUUUGAAUCAUCAAGCAAAUGUAACGCAUGCUACUAGUGCUGUAAACGAAACAAAUACAAGUAUGCAUAUGAAGGCGCUAGCAUUAAAGUAUUUAAGUGACGAACAACUGACAGACAUAGCAUGGCAUAAACAAGAAUCAUCUUCAUUGAAACAUCUUAUGCUCAGCAAUGUACAAGGGACAAAUAUGUCGUUAGCCACAAUGCGUUAUUUAGAAAGAUAUCAACUUCUCCCGGGAAAGAAUAAUAUAGCAGAAAAUACUGAUCAAGCAUGUGACAAAGUUUCAUCUAAAUGUGAUUUUAAACCAGCGGCUACAAAUAAUAAUCCUGCUCUACGCCGAUUUCCUUUUGUACAAACAUCUGGAACUACUUGUCCUAGUAGAAUAUUAGAUCUUUCAGCUUUAAAGCGACAACCAAAAUUAUUAUAA